UUACAGUCGCAGUUGCAUAUAUUCAGCAUGGCAAGUAGGCAAAGUAAAGAAGAUGUUACUGACUGGCGGAAAAAUUCAAUGAGACAUAACCAUUCUUUUCAAAGGGAACAAACUAUACCGACAGAGAAGAAUGUAAGAGGAGAGAAGAAUGAACAGCCGUACAAUAGGUCCGGAAAAGACACAAAUGGCAGUGAAAGAGAAGAUCAGCGAGGGAGAAGUAGUACAAAAUCAACUCAAAGACAUGAUGAGGCUUUUCACGGUAGACAAAAUGUGCCUAAGAAACACCAGGCUAAGAGAACAAUCCUGUAUGUUGUAACAGGUGACAAAGUAACUGAGAACAGAAACUUAAAAAGCUUUUUAUUGUCUAGAAUGGGCAACCCGAGAGAACUUGACUUUUUAGUGACAAAGGUCACAAAUAUCAAAAAAGAUGGUAGAAUAAAAAACGUUAUCUACCUGGAGUUUGAAAGUUUUAACAAAGCUUCUCUUGGAAAACAUUUACUCCAUAAAAGUAAUAGAAACGUACCAAAUAAGCUUAUUUGCUCCUUGGAUAGGACAGAAGCGGAAGGAGAAGUUGUUGACACUGCUAAACAAAGACAGGAACAAAUCGACAAAGCACACAAGGAAAUUGUUGAACGAGCUGAAUCUUUCAUCGAGAGGCAUGAUGCGAAAAUAAAUGAAAUUCGUGACAAACUCACUGACAUUGAUGCACAGCUUAGAAAUAAAAGCGGGGUUUCCCUUCCCGAGUUCGAUAAACUAAGCAAUGAAAAGUCUGCUUUUGAAGAUAAGUUGGAAGAGUUUGCAAGACAGAGAAAAGAGUUUAAUAGAUACAUGCAAUGUAUGAAAGACAAGAUGCAAUCUCUCUUAAAUUGUGACAAAUUUGAGAAAGAAUUGCAAGAGGUGAGAACAGCUUUUGGUGUUGAGUGUAGACGGUUUUCAACAUCUUUACCUAUGUACGCAAGACGUGAAGACAUCCUUAAUACGAUCAAGGAAAACCAGGUGUGUGUGAUACUCGGUGAGACUGGUUCAGGCAAGUCGACUCAGAUGGUCCAGUAUUUAUAUCAAUCUGGGUUUGCAGCAAAAGGACUCAUUGCCUGUACCCAACCUAGAAAAAUAGCUGCAGUCAGUCUUGCGACACAUGUUUCUGCAGAACUAGCAUCGAGAGUUGGUCAGAUUGUUGGUUAUAAAGUUGGAAUGCAAAAGAAAUUGACAACGAUAACAAAGGUUAUGUAUAUGACUGAUCACAUACUUCUAAAUGAAUGCUUAGCUGAUAGGGUUUUAAAACAGUACUCGUGUAUCUUAAUCGAUGAAGCGCACGAACGGAGUAUUUACACUGAUUUGCUUCUUGGUAUGCUAAAGCAAGCUUUAAAGGAAAGACCAGAACUUAAAGUUAUCAUAACAUCCGCUACGAUAGAGCCAGAUAUAUUUGUAAAAUACUUUGGUGGAAAAGAUCUUUGUCCUGUCCUAAAAGUCUCUGGGAGAGCAUUUCCGGUAGAUGUAUAUUGGGAAUAUGACUACUUUUCAGAAAGAGCCUUUCCGGAAGAUUAUGAAUCAAAAGCUCUAAACAAGGCGAUUGAAAUUCAUAAUUCAACAGCUAUAGAUGCAGGAGAUAUUCUUGUUUUUCUUACUGCUGUAGCUGAAAUAGAAAGAUGUGCAGAGAAAUUAUCUGAACGAGGAGAUACUAAUGUUCAUUGCCUGCAACUUCAUGGUAGACUUAAACCAGAAGAGCAACAACUUGUCUUUGAAAAAACACCUAGAGGAAAGCGGAAGAUUGUUUUUGCUACUAACAGUGCUGAAACAUCUAUUACAAUUCCAGGCAUAAAGUUUGUGGUGGAUACAGGAGUUGUCAAGGAGAUGAGAUUUAACCCAAAGAAAAACAUGAAUUCGUUGAAUGUCGUAUCAGUCAGUAAAAGCUCAGCAAAUCAACGUAAAGGACGUGCUGGGAGAACAACAUCUGGCAUUUGUUAUAGAUUGUACUCAGAAGAAGAGUACAGUAAUAUGGAAACAACAUCAUGUCCUGAAAUACUUAGAAUACAAGUGUCACAGGCUUUACUUAAAUUGUUAGAACUAGGGGUAGAUCCAAUGAAAUUUGACUACGUCCAAUCACCGUCACACGAAACAAUGAAAUCAGCCAUGGACGAGUUGAUGAGUAUCGGAGCAACAAAUAAAGCAGGCAUAACAGAGCUUGGUAAAUGGAUUGCAAAAUUGCCACUUGAGCCAAAACUCGGCUUACUUAUAAAGAAAGGAAUUGAAUCUGAUAUUGUAAAUGAAGCUCUCGUAGUUGCUUCUUGUUGUAAUCAAAGUGGAAUAUUUUACCGUGUCGGAACACUGGAGGAGAAACGAGCAGCCGAUUUAAAGAAGAUGAAAUUUUGUCAUAAAGGAGGAGACUUACUUACAAUGCUGAAUGUGUUUAGAGAAUGGAACAAAAUACCAGAAAAAGGGAAAGGCAGUUGGUGCGACAGCAACAGUAUAAAUGGAAAGGCAAUAAAAGGGGUUCGAGAUACGACAAACGAAAUUUCAUCAAUACUUAAAAAAGAUUUAGGUAUUAAGAUUAAGUAUGAAUUUAAGCAGCCUGAAAAAGUAGAUCCACAAAUACAACGUUUAAUAUUUGACAUUAUGGUCGCAAAUAUUGGCUAUUUCUUGGGACAUGAAGGCGCUGGAUAUCUUAUUGUAAACCGAAACCAGCGCGUGAUGCUGCAUCCUUCGUGCGCUAUUUUAGCUUUAGGUCUCCAACCAAGCUGGGUGGUAUUUAACAAAGUUCUGAAAACCUCUGAAGAUUUUAUGACAGAAGUAACACCAGUGUCAGACAAGGCUAUAACAGACGCUAUAGAAAGUCGAAUUCUUAAUGUCAAUUUAACUGCUCUUGAAAGUCUGAGGUUGAAGCUAGCACUGAAAUUACCUGUUGGAAAACAUGUUAAAUGGAAGUUUGUUGGUCCACUCCAUAAAAACCGCAGAAAGGUUGAAGAAGAUAUUUCAAAAGAAUGUGAUGAAUCUUUAGUCGUUGUUGAAGCAAAUAACAGACGGGGAGAUGUCAGUUUAUUUUGUUUGUCACAAUAUGUUGAAAAGGCAUCGGCACUGCUGAGGUCUGUCAUUGAACCAAUGCCAGAACUUUUACGAUAUGAGUCAAGGGAAGAGCAUAUUGGAGAUGAAAGAAGUGGUUUUAGAGCCGUUUUGAGGGAGGGAGGACGUGUUGUAGAAGUGCUCAUGCCAAAUGAAUACCGAUCCCUCAAAAUAAUUCUAAAGGAGUGCAAUUUUAGAACUAAAAUUGAUGAAGGUAGCAUUAGAAAACUGUUAAUGCCUUACGGACCAAUUGAACAGAUUUGGAGACAAACUGGAAACAAACAGGGCAAUAAUCAGUUUUGGGGAAAAGUGACAUUCACUCACCAAAAUGAUGCUGUUGCUGCAUUUCAACAUGUUAAUAAUGACAGAAAUGCCAAAAUAAAGCUAGAACCAAAUACAUUUCAGAAUACACUUGCUCAGCAAGGUUUUACAAUGAAACUGACGUGGUGCCGUCGGCCCUCCAAAGGACACUGCUUCGUCACAACAAAUCGGCCUGAAGAUCGCCCGAUUCUUUUAAUGUCGUCGCCAAAGGUCAACGGUGUCCCUGUUAGUAUUUCUUUAAGCAAACAACAGUCAGAUCUGUUUAUAAAAUAUUUGCCUGCAGAUGUCACUGAUGAAAGUGUCAAAACAGCUCUAGGAGAAGUACUAGGCAUAUCCACCAACGCUUGCCAAGACCGGUUUCGUGUUGUUAUCCCACGUACGAAUGUAAUUUGGAAUGCAAAUGAAAGGACUAGGCAACAAGAUGAAUUGUAUAGAGUUGUAUCAAAGUUUGCAGACAGGGAAUCUUUUCGGUUACAUGUAAGGGAAUAUAGGCAACAAGCAGCUAUUUGUGUAGCUUUCGUAACUUUUUCAGACCCACAAUUAUGCAAUGAUACUGCAAUGAAAUUGAUUCAAAGUCAGGAAAAAUGCGAGGGAAAAAAGAUACAGGUCAGUUUGGAAUGCAAAGCAUCUUUGCACAUCAAGAAGGGACUUUAUGAACUUGUAAAAGACGAUUUUCAAGGAUUAAUUGAUGAGCAUACGCAUGCACAUUCAAGUACGGUCUUAGACCUUAAAACAUUGAAGUCGGGCCAUUUUUCACUCGAAAUAAGAGCUGAUUCUCCAUUAGAGCUUGCACAAGCUAAACUUAAGUUCCAAAAUGUAAUUGGUGGAGAUACACUUUGUUGGGAAAGCACAAAAAACAUUAAAGUAAUGUUCACUAAAAAUGGAAAGCAAAGGGCACAAGAGAUUGAAAAAGAAACGAAGGCCAUGAUAAUAGUUGAUGAGAGAGACAUGACAGUUACAAUACAAGGUCUGAUUUCAAAUAGAAGGAGGGCUACUUCAUUUAUUGAAGAAUAUAUGAAAAUUCACUCUGGUACUGAAGAAACGGUAAUACGUCUAAAAGGGGAAGACAAUCCACCUGGUUUGAUGAAAGUUUUAUUAAUGAAAUAUGGGAUAACCUUUGAUGACUUCAAAAAGGAAACCGAUGUGUCAGGGGUAGAACUUAACUUGAGACUUCAUGAAAUCGCUAUAUCUGGGAGAAGUGAAGCCAUUGGAAAAGCUCUUCAGCUCGUGAAUAGCUUAAAAGAAGAAUUGAUAAAAAAGGAAGAGGGAAGAAAACACAUAAAUGACUUACCAGACUGUCCUAUAUGUUUAUGUCCCGUUAAAGAAUCUGACAUUUGUAGUCUUGAGUAUUGCGGUCAUGCAUACUGUAAAGUAUGUUUGAAGUCAUACAUACGUCAUGCUGUUACUGGUCGACAGCUUCCUGUGUCUUGCGCUGCUGAGAAUUGCAACAAGCUACUCGUGAUUAGAGAUAUUAAUACACAAGUCAAAAUGGGAUCCAUCAAGAGAAAAGAUCUUCUAGAUUCAGCUUUGUCAUGCUUUGUUAAUACACGAAGUAAGGAUUUUCGUUUUUGUAUAACACCGGACUGUGGUAUGGUGUACAGAGUUACUAAAAAUGGAAAGUUAUUCUUUUGUCCGACAUGUCGUAUAAAGAUUUGUACCACUUGUCAUAUUCCAUAUCACGAGGGUCUGACAUGUUCAAUGUAUAACGUCGCCAGAAAAGAGGGAGACUCUAUGCUCGAAUGGAUGAAAGAGGAUCCUUCAAAUAGAAAAGUAUGCCCAAAAUGCAACUAUGGAAUCGAAAAAACGGGCGGAUGCAACCAUAUGCAAUGUUCAAUGUGUAGAGCAAACAUCUGUUGGUCGUGUAUGACAUUCUUUUCAGAAGUAGGUGAUUACAUGAAGCAUGUAGAUUCUGUCCAUGGUAACUUUGUAUAAAAUAAAUCAUGCACAGUCAGUCGGAUGUUUCCGGAAGAAGGUAUGAAUACAAAAAUUUUCCUUUAGGCUAUUCAAAACAAUUUGUUGUUCAUAUGGGAUUAGAAUAUGGUUUGCUAGACUAAAUGUAUGUUAGUUUUUUCCAUAUUGAUCGGAAGAGCCAAAGUAUGAGAUUUUUUGACUCCCAUAACCUCAUAUGGUUACACAUAUUUGAAUUAUAUGUAAUAUCUAUAUAACUUGUUUAUCAUUAUUAUUGUUUAUUUAUUCAGAUGAACUUUACAUAUUAUACAUUAUUACUUUUCACGCAACUUGUUUUCUGUCAAAUAGUUAUUUAGAAAUUGAAAUAUAUGCCCCUACUCUAGGGUAUUUAAACAAGAAUCAUGACACUACAUAAUUAUAUGUUAGUCAGCAUGUGCCCUUGACUAUGUAAAAACCGUUUUAAAAUGUGCCUCUAAAAGUGCUAAAGCUAGAGUCAACAAACUUGAUAAGACUGUUAAUCUGCAACUGAAAAUGUACACCCGUGGUUUUAUUUUUUUAUAUAAAAGUUUUGUUCGAGUUAUUGCAAUUUUCAACUUGUGUGCCGUGCGUAGCUCAAUAAGUAUUUGACAGAGAGUCAAGAAACUUAACAAGAAUGUUUGCCUGCAAUUAUACUCGUAGUUGUACAUCCAGGGUUUUGCAUGUUUUUUUUAUGUAUUUUAAGCAUACUUGAGUUUUUAAAAUUUAGAUUUGAAAUUCGUGCAUCUCAAUAUGUGGAUAUAUCAAGAUGUCAACAUUGGAAAGUUUAAUGUCUUUUUUUAUGCCCCAACCACUUAGGGGUAGGGGAGUCGAGUAGAAUGUCCUUAGUCCGUAUGUAAUACUGUCCUACUGUACUGUCAGAAGACUGAUAACACAGUGGAAUGUUAGAAAAUGCAUGUCCUAUGGACAUAUUUCUAAUUAGUUUUUGACAAGAUUAGUUAGUUUUUGACAUGAUUUAGCAUAUUUGACAAAUAAUUGAUUUAUCAUGUAAACAUUAUAUGGACAUAUUUCUAGUUAGUUUUUGAAAUGAUUACUUUUUUGAAACGAUUAAUUUUUUUUUUGACAUGAUUUAGCAUAAUUAUUUGACAAAUAAUUGAUUUAAAUCAUGUAAACAUUCUAUGGACAUAUUUCUAGUUUGUUUUUGAAAUGAUUACUUAGUUUUUGACAAGAUUAGUUAAUUUCUGACAUGAUUUAGCAUAAUUGACAAAUAACUGAUUUAAAUCAUAUAAACAUUGUUUUGUGUACUUGGAAAAACACAAAAUGCAUUAGUCUGUGGUUUUCUCACAGUCAUAGUGAACAUCAAAAAUAUAUUCUAUGAUUCAAGGGUAGGUUGUAAAUUUUAUUUAUCUAUUGAGCGCUGUAACCCACAUACAUUGUUAUAAGUUUUCAAUUAUAUCGCUUAUAGACAGAAAUGUAGCCUUGCGGUGUAAUAUAUCUCGAUACAUUUGUUUAUGUAUCAAACUUCCUUUAAUGAAAUAUGCACAUUGUAUUAAAAGCAUGUAUGUUUGGCUAUUUAUGAUAAUGGUAAUCUUGAUUAUUAUAAAACUUUUAAAACUUUAUUACAUUUUAAUAAUUUUAAUAUGUAGUUGAUGUACAUUUGGUAAUCACGUUGGAAUUUAACAAUAUAGUUUACGACAUUGCCUUUGCUAUUUUCAUGACAUGUUGCGUGAUACUGUAGAAAGAUUACUGUUUUGUUUCCUUGUACAAUAUUUAUACACGCAAGUGUGUAUCCCGCAGCUCAUUUUGUUGCUUAUUUGAUUUUUAUGCUCCUCGAAGGGAGAUCAUAUAGUCGCCGCCUUGUCCGCCCAUCCAUCAAAUUCUCGUUGUAACGGGAAUAACUUUAAAAGGUUUGAAGGAUUUUGAAUUAGACUACACACUGUGAUGAAGACCAGUGAUAUAAAUAACCUUCCUUAUGUUAAUAAUACUUGCUUAACCGGAGUGUUAUUUCCAAACUAUGAAUAAUAAUUUAUUGAAACUUCACAUAGUUUUCAUAUUUAGUAGAAACAUAAAUUAGGUGGUCCUCUAACUUUUGGUUGAAUAAGGAGACACUAAGGUAAGGUCACCAGUGCUAAAAUAGAGUUUUAUACUUUUUAUACUACCUAUUUUAAUAGACCGAAGUUUUUCCUUUUUGGUAGGUAAAAGUCUUGGAUGGUCUUAUAAAUUUUGGUGGAGAAAGUGGUCACAUCCGUCAUGGUCAAGGUUACGAGAUUGAUUAAUUAAAAUGCAGCCUUUAUUUAUUGACUGGUGUAUUUCAUAAUUGAUAGGUAUAUACAUUGUAUCUAGGUUGUCAUCUUACUUAAGUUUAUUAGGGGUCAAGGUCACUUGCGCUAAAAUUAGAUUUUUACACUUAUUGCUUUAUUUAUAAACUGAUGUCUAUUGAAAUACAUUGACAAUUGUGCAGUUUCGGGGUGCAUACAUCGCUUUGUAAAAGUGAUAUUCUUGUUUGUCCUGUAUUUAUCAAUUGAAUUUAUGCUUAUAUGUGAAUAAGAAGUUACCAAGUGAUAGAAAUGUGGUAAAGAUAACUUAUUGUUUUAAAAGAGCAACACCAAUUCUAGAUGUUCAGAAUUUUGAAAAAAACUCCGGUUUUUGUAAAAUGAAGAAAAAAAAAGAAAAAAGAAAAGAAAAUCAUCAAAAUUUAAUAGAUAUGUAGUAAGAUUGUUUCAAUAUGUUUUUAAAGGCCCGUUAUGCCUCAGAAAUGCCUUCAUUCUUAUUUCUUAAAAUAUUUCAUUUUUUACAGAUUCCCAAAUAUACUCAUUUGCCACAAAGACGAACUAACGGUUCAUUCUUUUGCUAUGUUUGCAAUUGAUACAACUUUAUUGAAUUAAUAUUUUGUAUAGAAGUCAAAAUACUACUUGUUUACAUUUUGCUACCUUAACGACACAUUGCUUCACGUUCACCCUACUUUGUUAAGUAAACUUGUUAAACUUCUAACAUGCUCUAAAUUCAUAAUUCAAACAUUAUUAAACACAUAUUUGAAAUUGAUAAAGAAUUGAAAAAUAUGAAUUUCUGAGGCAUAAUGUGCCUUUGAGUUGUUUUCUACCCUCAGUGAAGUAUCAUGUAAUGUUACUGUAUAGUUUUAUGUCCGUUAGCAAGUGUGUGCUACAUUUUUCUUUAAUGAACCACUAGAUCGAAAAGCAAUACACCUGUAUAAAAAUUUAUUUUAAAUGAGAAAAUUUGCAGACCUCUUAUCUUCAAACGAUCAAGUAAUGAUCUAGAGCAGAGUUAGCAAAUUUUUGUCCUCUUUAUCACUUAUUUCUAUGUUGUUUCUUUCAACAUUAUUAUUACCAUUAAUCAUAUUUUAACAUUGUUUUGAACUAUAUGGAUAUAUAUUUUGAGAAUCUAGUGUGAAAUUUUUAUUGAAUGUGUGUAUAAAGGUUGAUGUUUAUAUAUAAUCUAAAUAAAAUCUUGAACUGGU